AUGAAUAUAUUUCUUACAGUGUUCGCCGAUUCCACAGGUUAUACUCCAAGCAGAUCUCAAGUUCUUCCUCCAUUAAGAGGAAGCUUUCCAUUAGAUCGUCAAGGCCUAUGUAAAAUUGCUAUGUUGGGAUGGACUCAGUGUAUGAUGAAGAAUCAUUGGAAUAGUUCUUUGUGUAGAUCUGAAGCGGCUGGUUAUUUACGUUGUCGAGCAGAGAACAAUUUGAUGGAUCCCGAUGAAAUUGCUUUGCUUGGAUUCACUGAAGAAGAAUGGAACCAAGCUAAUAAAGAUUUUAAAAGUACAAAGUAG